AAUGGCGAUUCGAGAGCUCCCAGGCAGAACGGGCUCCUUAUGUAAGCCCCCACCAAGAGCAGGAGCAGGAGCAGCAGCAGCAGCAGCGUGUGGAGCUUGGCAGGCUGCUGGACCUUUCGUCUGCUCGACAGAUGAGGUCAUGCGCCUUCCCCUCGGGUGCCGCCAACCGCUGAAGACGCAUUCCCGUGCAUCGCGUCGCAUUGCAUAGGCCUUGGUUGAUCCUGCCUUGCCCACAAUGUCGUCGUAGGUCUGGCACUGCUUCCGUAUCAGACGCCCAGGCUACAGUUCCCAGGCUAAUGCUCCGCCAUGGCGAGCCCCAGUGCAAACCAGCUGUCGAUUCCCUUCCGCAAGUCCAACCACCUGUCGCUCUCGGCCGCCAUCCGCCAGUACAUCUCCAAGAAAUAUGACCAGCACCCUGACAUGUUCCGUCAUGACCUCGAGGUCGUCGACGCCCUGCGCAGGGAUGCCACCAACGUGCGGGAGGCCCACCCCAGCGGCAUCAAGAAGCUGCAGGCCUACGCCGCCCAGCUCGUCUGGAUCUCGGGCAAGUUCCCCAUCGACAUAGGCGCAGACUUCACCUGGUAUCCCGCCCUGGGCUACAACACCGACCGGCCCGUCGUGCACAACAACCUCAAGUUCGAGCUCAUGAGCGUCCUCUUCAACCUCGCCGUGCUGUAUUCCCAGCUGGCCCUCGCCUCCAACCGCGCCAACACCGACGGGCUCAAGACCGCUGCCAACUACUUCAGCCAGGCUGCCGGCGUCUUCAAGCACAUGAAGGAUGCCGUGCUCCCCGAGCUGCGCAUGCCCACGCCCCCCGAGGACCUGGACGAGAGCACCCUCGAGUCCCUCAUCCAGCUGCAGCUAGCCCAGAGCCAGGAGUGCUUCUGGCAGAAGGCCGUGAUAGACGGCUACAAGGAUGCCUCCAUCUCAAAGGUUGCCGCCCGUGUCAGUGACUUGUACAAUCUGGCUGGAGAGGCCGCCAUGAACAGCGAGUCCAUCAGCAGUUCCUGGAUCCACCACGUGAGCGCCAAACACCAUCACUUCGCCGCCGCCGCCCAGUACCGCGCUGCGUGUGACUGCCUGGAGAAGAGGAAAUACGGAGAAGAGGUGGCCCGUCUGACCGACGCUGUUGUUUGUGCGAACGAGGGCUUGAAGGAGGGCAAGGGAGGCUACCUGAACAAGGCUGUCAUGGACGACCUCAAUGGCUUGAAGAGGAGGGUCGAGGACGACCUAAAACGCGCAGAGAAGGACAACGACAUGAUUUAUCUGCAUCAUGUUCCCGCCAAGACCGAGCUCAAGGUUCUCGAACGCGCCAAUAUGGCCGUGGCUCGGGUCCCCCCAGAAGUUGCCAACCCCACCGAGUACCUCGGCGAUCACACUGACUUCGGAACUCCCCUCUUUAGCAAGCUGGUACCCUACUCCGUCCAUGUUGCCUUGUCAAUAUACGAGGAGAGGAGAGAUCGUCUGGUCAAUCAGAACAUAAUACAAGACCUUGAGGCAUUGAACGAGAAGCUGCACGAAAUACUGUCGUCGCUGAAUCUUCCCGGAUCGUUGCAGGCCCUGGAGAAGCCGCUUGGCCUGCCCGGAACAUUGGUACAGCACGCCGAGGAAAUCAGGCAGGCAGACGCGUUGAGCAGGGUGCAGCAGAGCUUUGCCGACAUCGAUAAGCUGAGAUCAAGUGACCGCGCAAUAUUCGACGAAGGAAGGUCUCUUCUCUCCACCGAGGAGGACGAGGAUCAACGUCUGCGGGCCAAGUAUGGGACGCAGCGGUGGACGAGGCCGCCCAGCAAAGAGGAUCCUAGAGGCGCCAAGCUUUGGGAGCAGGUGGCCAGCAUCGAAGGCUACUUUAGCUCGAGCACGUCAAUCGAUGCAGUUGUCCGUGAGAAGUGGCUGGGAGUCGAAAGCACACUGUCCAUUCUGGCCGGGUCCGACCGCGCCCUGAUGGACGCAAUACCGCAGAGUCGCAAGCCAGAAAUCCACGAGAACGUCAAGAUCGCCCUUGGCCGACUCCGUGGUGCUUACAACGACAUCCAGCGCCUCGAAUCACGACGACGUCGCCGUGCCGAAGCUCUCCGCGAGAAAGCCAAGGCUGAUGACAUCAAACCGGACAUCAUGAAAGAGGCAGCAAGGCUGGAGCGCACGUACCCCAACACACAGAUCGUACCAGCACAUUUCGAGGAAUUCUUCGAGAAGAGGCUCGACAGCAUGUACGAGGCGGAUCUGGCCCAGAUCGAGAAGGAGGCUGCGGAGCAAGAAAAGUUCUUGGCCGAGGUGACGCGCGCGAAUCGAGAGUUUGAAGCUCAGAAGAAGAGCGCGGGCGACCGAGGAUCCAAGGAGCGGGAGGCCGCGCUGCAGGCUCUGGACAACGCAUAUUACAAGUACAAGGAGAUCGUUGGCAACGUGGAGACGGGGAGGAAGUUCUACAACGAUCUUAGCAAGAUUGCUGGCUCCUUCAGAGACCGGUGCCGGGACUGGGUAGGUGAGAGACGAAAAGAGUCUCGAGGGCUCGAAGAGGACAUCGGCAUGCCACCUCUAUCCUCUCUUUCCCUGGGUACACACCAGCUUGCACCCCAACCCAGUUAUCAGGCUUCUCAAAGCCCUCCGCAGCACUACUACCAAAAUGCACCUGCCCCGAUGGCGCCAAUGUCACCUCCGCCCGAGCCACAGGUUCAGUCCUGGGCGCGGGACGACAACGCCCAACCGCCGGAGCAGCCGCAGCCUCGGCAAUCGAUGCAGCCGCUGCAAGGUAUGUGGAAUCCCGAGAUGGGCAUCAAGUUCGCGCAGUCGCCCGGGGCAGGCGCUGGUGGUCAGGGGGGACAGGCGGGAGGUGGCAAUGGACCGGUCGGCGGGAAAUGGGAGCCCAGUGCCGGGAUCCGGUUUGGUUAACGGACAAGGUUCCCCGAGGGCUGCUGACGUCGGACUUAUUUUGGAAUCUAGCAUUGCACAGCACAGCCCGGCACAUCGAGCGUAGGCGUACCAGGCAUUGGAAAAGUUCCAUUCGCUCAAGUUCAGCGGAUGUACCAGUACCAUCGAAACCUUAUUAGUGGCAUGCUGUAUUGUACCACGAAGGCAUGGGCUAUGUAGUAACAAUAAGUGAUGCGAAAAUCUUGUAGGGUGAUGCUAUUCUCGCCUCGUUUCUCUGCUGUGCGGGUAUUCUUGGCCCAGCUACAACGACUCGAACACUAAAAGGAGGGAUCCCCCCCACCGGUCCAGAGCUCCGGCUACUGCCCCGGUGCCGCCGAACAGACGGAUGACUCUAGCCACCGCAUUGCCGUGGUUGUUUUCUGGCGACAGGUGCGCACUUGCGCAACGUUGCUGGUUUGGCGCAGGAAUCGCGACGGCGACCACUACCGAGACGAGUCGCUCAGAGUUGUUUAGAACUAUGGCAGUAAUUGGAUAUCUGCUCACGAUCCUCAGGCUGCAUAGAGGACACUGAUCUGCUUUAGGUCAUUAUUCGCCCGCAACCACAACCUCACAAUAGAAAGCCCUUCAACCAUACGCUAGGCCCGGGGUCCUCUAGAUUAUAGUCGUGUAAAGUAGAGAGAAAAACUACUAUGCGGCCUGCCUCGCCGCCACCGCUCACCUUCCGCAAAGCCACGCCCAACCACACCGCGCGCUGCUAGCCACUUGUAAAGUCAGCAUACCGCGCGCGAAUCCAGCCGCCAGGGGUGGAUGGCUGAGGCAGACCUCGUCGCAGACCACCGCAUCGACGCCGCCGGCCUGCUAGCCAAGACAAGAGCGCCGGGCAGCGCAGCCCUCCUUGUCACAUCACCCGCCGCCCAGCAAGCUGUCGUACUUUGGCCUGUUCGCCGUUAGCCCCAGGAUGCAGGACGGCGGGAUCGGGAGGGCUGUGCUGGUCGAGGCUGAGAGGUAUGCGCGCGAGGAGGUGGGCGCGUCCCGGAUGGAGAUGGGUUCUUUGGCUGCGCGGGGAGCUGAUUGCCGGUAGGGCUAUGUGGUUAUUGAGUGGAGACGAGGCCUUCCCCGUAUGAGGAGCUUGUGAAUGGGGAGGCGUUGAGGGAUGACUUGCUUUUC